CUUAAGCAAGCAGUUGUGCAUAAAUAAAUAAUAAGUAUUCAUUAAUUACUUUUGCGUUUCUGGUCGGAAAUAUCUCCGUUUUUACUUCGUAUCAUUUUUUUGACCUUUACUGAUAUAUUCGUUGUUGCGCUACAAUACGCAAAGGAAUUUUAUUAGAUUUUGCCCAAUCCGAGUGUUCUUUCGUGUGUUUUGCAUACACCGCUACAGACAAAUGGAGAGCCAAAAGCUAUGGGGAGGAAGAUUCGUGAAGCCCACAGACCCCAAGCUGGAGAAGCUGAACUGUUCGCUCGCCGUGGACAAACGCAUGUAUGCUGAAGACAUCGAGGGCAGCAAAGCCCUGGCUUGGAACCUGAAAAACGACUGCGACCGAUUGGACAGCAACGUCCGCCUGCUGGACAUCCUGCCGUUGGGCAGCGGCGCGCUCGCCGGCAAUCCCUUCAACAUCAACCGAUUUGAGCUGGCCAAAAGUCUGCACUUUUCCAGAAUCACCCAGAAUAGCAUGCAGGCAGUCAGCGACCGGGAUUUUAUAGCCGACUUCUUGUUCUGGGCGUCGAUGGUGGGGAUCCACUUGAGCCGCCUGGCCGAGGAUCUGAUCAUCUUCAGCUCGAAGGAGUUUGAGUUCGUGACGAUCGAUGAAUCCUACUCGACCGGCAGCAGCUUGAUGCCGCAAAAGAGGAACCCGGAUAGCUUGGAGUUGAUCAGAGGCAUCGGCGGAAGCCUGUUCGGCCAG